AUUUACAGAAGAAAUCUUCAAGUUUUCUGUAUAGAACCCAGAAAAAAAGGAUCCAUUUUUGUGUUUAUAUUAAAUUCUUCCAUUUAUAUUUGAUACGAUUAUAUUUAUAAUAAUUAAGAUGAUGAACAACAGCAAGAACAAUAAUGGAUGCACAAAGAAGGAGCAAUUAGAGUGUAAUUAUCAUGUUAUUUAUAAGCUUCCUCCUGGUGAUAGUCCCUAUGUUAGAGCUAAAUAUGCACAGCUAGUAAAGAAAGAUGCAGAGGCAGCUAUAGUUCUGUUUUGGAAGGCGAUUAACGCAGGAGAUAGAGUGGAUAGCGCGUUGAAAGACAUGGCAGUUGUUAUGAAACAACAAGAUCGCUCUGAAGAGGCUAUUGAAGCUAUUAAGUCCUUCAGAGAUCGAUGCUCCAAACAAGCGCAAGAAUCAUUAGACAAUGUCCUCAUCGAUUUAUAUAAGAAAUGCGGAAAAUUAGAGGAGCAGAUUGAACUGCUGAAGCAGAAGUUACGAAUGAUUUACCAAGGAGAAGCGUUUAAUGGUAAACCUACAAAGACGGCUCGUUCCCAUGGAAGGAAGUUCCAAGUUACCAUCAAGCAAGAGACCUCCAGAAUACUGGGUAAUUUGGGUUGGGCAUACAUGCAACAAUCCAAUUAUGCAGCUGCUGAAAUUGUGUAUCGUAAAGCUCAACAAAUCGAUCCUGAUGUCAAUAAGGCGUGCAAUCUAUGCACGUGUCUACAAAAACAAGCGCGAUAUAGUGAAGCAAGAUUGGUCCUUGAAGACGUAUUACUAGGUAAAAUCUCUGGCUCGGAUGAUCCUAAAUCAAAGAGUCGCGCAGAGGAACUGUUGAAAGAAUUGGAGCCAUUUGGUUCAUUUGGAUACACUUCCCCUUCUCCCCAAUUGAACUUAGAAGAUGCAUUUCUUGAUGGUCUUGAUCAGUUGAUAAACCAGUAUGCCCCAUUUCGAUCGAGGCGACUUCCCAUUUUUGAAGAAAUUUCACCUUGUAGAGAUCAAUUGGCUUGUUGAUCUUUCAUGUUUUAGUAGAAUCAUACUUGUUAAUGAAGAAUAGGCACUUUUAGUGCAAGUGUUAGCUUUUCUAUGUGUCAAAUAUUAGUAGAGGCGCAUAUAUUUUUGUCAAAAUUUUUAUUAUGUGACUCACACGACUGACAUUAAUUGUUUGAGGCUUCAUCCUUGUCUCACAAAAAAGUGGACAUCAAAUUUUUGGAACUAAAAGUGUAAGAUUUGGGUUCUCUUUCUCGUGAGACAAAAAGAAGCGUCACACAAUUAGUGUCAGUCGUAUGACACACAUAAUAAAGUUUUUCGUUUUUGUUAUAUAUUAUAGCAAUUUGAAUA